UCGGUUUUCUUUUGGGGGGUUACUUAAGCUAUCCCAAUCCUUCUUCAUCUGAAUUGUUUAUGUUUUUCUACUUCUUCUUGGAGUCGUACCCUGGGAGUACCCUUUUUUCAAUAGUCUCUCCCCCUUUUUUUUAUUUUUUGUUAUCACACCAUCACCAUCACUAUCCCAACACCACUCAGAGAGAGAGAGAGAGAGAAAGCUCAGCUGGGUCUUGUGCAUAUCAUUCUUUUGUUGAGCUAAUGGAUGAUAAUCAAGAAAGUCAGAUUCACGGUGAUGAUCUGGAGAAAGACGACGUGGGCACAGCAAGGGUUUUGAAGGAGGAGGAGGAGGAGGAGGUUGAGAAGAACGAUAAUAAGGUUUCGGCUGAGAAAAACGGGAGGCUUUGCUUCAAGCUCCUCAAGCUCAAGCAUCCAAAUACUGAGUCUUUUUUACAACAACAUCCUGCUCCAAAAGAAGAGUUGUUGGUGUCGUCUCCGUCUCCUACUACUCGUAUCUGCAAUAUUUGUAACAGAGGCUUUGGCUCUGGUAAAGCCCUUGGUGGUCACAUGAGAAUGCAUGUUCAAGCCAGAAACAAAGAGCUCCUUGAAAAGUUGAAUAAUGCAACCACCACUAAUACUAAUACUACUCGUGAUAUUAUUGCCAAGACCCAAGAAAGCUUUUCUAUUACGGAAGAAGGUGAACCCACUUGCUACGUUUGUAAGAAGACCUUCUUGUCCAUGAAGUCCUUGUUUGGCCACAUGAGAUCUCACCCUGAAAGGGAUUGGAGGGGAAUUCAACCACCAACUACUCCAACUGACCACAAACAUUACAACAAUUGCAGCUCCUCAUCUACACUAUCUGAUGAAAAGCUUGAUACUUUCCCUGCAAUCACUGCAACGUCGGAGGUUUUUGUCGAUUUAUCAGAGUCUUUAUCGAGUUGGAGGGUGACCGGUAAGAGAGGCCGGAAAAGCACUGAUUCAGCUAAUGAUUCUGGUCUUCCGCUUGAUAUAGAUCAUGCGGAUGCUGUGUUUGGUCUUAUGACGCUGGCUUAUGUUGAUCCUAGGCAAGCAUCUAAUAUGUCCUGCAAUUCAAUGAUGGACGCAAGGAAGAAGCUAAGGAUUGAUGAAGGUCGAAGCAGCAGCCGUGAAGUUCUACCCAAUACGAUUGAGGCCAAAGGGAAAGGAAAGCCGCCUGUGGUAGAAGAAACUGCUCUAGAGGUACCACUGAAUAUGAAAUGGAAUUUAUUUGGGUAUGAAGAAGAAUCGCCUAGAGAAUACUAUAGACACAACUCUAAUGACAGUAGUGAGCUUGAUUCUGCUGAUAAAACUGUGGGGGAGACGAUGAUGAUGAGCAAUAAGAGGAAAACAAGGAAGGUUAAAUUAGUAGAGUUGGAAGCACUUGGUGGUGAUCAAAGUCAUCAUAAACAAGUUGAUUCUGUGACACCCAAUCGAUACAUAUGCAGUCUUUGUAAUAGAUCAUUCCCAACCCACCAAGCUUUGGGUGGUCAUAGGUCCAGCCACAACAAAGUGAUGAAGUACAUACAACAACAGACUUUGGAUGAAUCUGUGUCAGCAGAUGACUCAACUGCUGAGAAUUAUGGACAUUAUGCCAACCCCACUACUACUACUCAAAUGGAUGAAGAAGCUGUACUAGGACCAACCACACACCAAUGCAAGAUUUGUGACAGAACCUUCCCAACCGGUCAGGCGCUAGGGGGUCACAAGAGGUGUCAUUGGAAUGGCACUGUGGAAAUGCAAUCCAGUCAAGUCACAUCCCCGGAAGGAGAAGCCAAAGCUCAAUCCAGUCAAGCAACAUCUCCAGGAGAAGCUAGUCAGACUGGUAGAAGGAAUUUGGAAUUUGAUCUCAAUGAGCUACCAGCUAUGGAGGUUGAAGAAGGUAUCGUUGAGUCAAUCUAUAUGGCUGCAGCCUGAACAUGCAACAGCAGCAGCUUCUGGUUAUGAUUCUUCCUCUAACAAUUCAUUUAGCUAGUCAAAACAAUUUCAGUCAAUGAUCAUUUUAGGAACCUAGUUGCAGAUAUGGGUCAGAAGCUCAAUUUUUUGGCUUUCUGGUAGUUCUGUUAAUUUUUUUAGUCCGUUUCUUGUUAGGCUCUAGUUAACUUUCAUUAAUCAAAACAGUUGCAGAGGAACCCUCUUGGUUCUUUCAUGUUUUCUCUAGUGGGGUCUUUAAGAGCUUGUCAUUUUGUGCUUAUUUUCUUCGUGUAAAAGCAGGCUUGCUCAUAGGAAGGAUCCAAAAGUGCUUUGUGUCUUUCUUUCUGAUGGUGAAAAUGUAAAGAAUAUGCAUGACAUUAGUUAACUUGAUUA